AUGGGAAGAAAAGCAAAUAAUCCGUCUACAUUAGAAGAAAAAACCUUAAACAAUAAUGUUAUUUUAGGUAAUAACAUAAAAGAAAACAUAGUAAGUGAAAAAAAACAAGGAGGAUCAAAAUUAAAUGAAAAAAAAACAAACAAAGGUACAGAGUUAACAUCUAAUAUACAAAUAAAUGGAAAUAUUCAGAAAAAAAAAGAAAAUGAUUUGGAAAAUAAGAAAAUAAAUAAUAUAGAAGAAAAUUUUGUAAAUAAAAGUAAAGAAAAUAAAACAGAGGGAAGUAGUGGAUUAGCAAAAAAGAAAAAAACAAAUAAAAAAACAAAGAAGGAUAAUAAUAAUAAACCAAAUGAAGAUUUAAUAAAUGAAAAUGUACAGGAAAAUGAAACUAAUGAAAAAGAAAAGGAUGGACAUAUAAAUGAGGAAAACAAAAAGGAAAAUGAUAGUGAUAAUAAAGAAAAAACUAAAGAUGGAAAGGAGAAAAAGGAAGAAACAAAAAAGGAUUCAAAAAAAGAUAUAAAAUUGAAGGAGGACGAAAGAAAAAAAAUAGAAAAUGAAUUAAAUAAGAAAUUUUUAAAAAUAAUGAAAACGGAUAAUUAUAAAAAUAUUAAUGAUAGAAUGGAUGCAGAAAUGAAAAGAAAAACAGAAAUUGAAUUAUUAAUUAGUUCAAUUAAUACAUCGGUAUCAAAAUCAAAUGCCCAAACACCUAGACCAAUUAACAUGAAAUUAUCUUCAGUAGAUAUUGAAAAUAAAAUUAAGGAAGCCAAAUUAAAAAAAAAGAAAAUUAACCCAAAAAAUUUAGAAGAAGUUGAAGAAGUAAACAUAUAUAUUAAUUAUUUAGAAGAGCAAUUGAAUGUUACAAAAAAUUAUGAAAAUUUCAAAAGUUUCCAAAAUCGUCUAGUUAAUUUAAAGAAAUCUUGUGAAGAAAAAUUAAAAGAAAAUUUAAAAAGUAUAAAUGAAAUUAAGAUACAAGAAAAAAAAUUAAAAUCAGUAGAAAAAAUAAUUAAAUUGAAAAAGGAAAAGCAAAAUAUUCAAGUAAAGGAAUCAGAUGUAAUAAAUAAAGAAUACAUACUUCCAGCUGAUAAAUAUACAACAUUAAUUAAACCAUAUAAUUUUAUGAAUAGAAUUCAAAGCAAACAUUUCGUGUAUGUAGAUAAAAUAAACAAUAACAAUUUUGAUAAAGUAUGUUUAUAUAUUACCGGAUGUAAGGAUGAUGUAGAAAAUUUUAUCAAUUAUUUAAAAAACAUUGAUUUUACCGAAAAAAAUUAUGUACAUCUUAGUAAUAAAGUAUUUAAAAUUAUGCUUAAUAUUUGUGAAGGAAGUUUUAAAAAAAUGGAAGAUGAUACAAAUGUUUUUGUUCAUGUAGAUAAUGAUACUCUUUAUUAUUGUGGUAUGAAAGCAGAUGUAGAAAAUUUAAAAGAACUAAUAGAAAAAGCUAUAAAUGAAAAAAAUUCUAACACAAAAAAUGUCACAAAAAACAUUAAAUUAGAUUCCGUUUUAGCUAGAGGAUUUAACAAAGGUCUUUUGAAAGAUAUAGAAAAUAAAACUAAUACAUUAAUCAGAAUGAACUAUGAUUCUAAAACUUUUGAAGCAUCAGCUACCAUCAAGGGAAGUAAGAAUAGUGAUAUAGAAGAGGCAGAAGGAAAAUUAAAUGAUAUUUUUAAAAAUUUGGAUUCAGAAUUCAUAGAAUUUGAAGAAAGAGAAUUAUUUUCUUUAUAUAAAAAAUGUUCUUAUGAAUUAAAUGAAAUAAGAAAAAAUUUAAAUUUAUUUAUUAUUCGUCAUGAUAACGGAAUUAGUUUAGUAGGAAAAAAAGAGAAUAUAAAUAAAGCUUUAGAAAUUUUAGAUUAUGCAAAAAAUAUUAUAUCCAAUAAGACAGUUAAAAAAAAAUUAACAGAAGAAGAAGCCUUUUUGUUUAAUGCUAAUUAUAGAAGUUAUAUAAAAUCAAAAACAGGUGCGGAGGUAAAAAUAUUUAACAAAAGUAAUUAUAAGGAAUUAAAUAUAAAUGGAAAUAAAAAUGAUAUAGAUAAAGCUUUGCAGAUGAUUGAAGAUUUAUUAAAAAAGAAAAAGUGCACAGAAGUAGAAAUAAAUGAGAAGGUUAUCGCUUUGUUAUUAUCAUCCAAAGCACAAAAAAUUAAAGAAAUAGAAAAAGAUACUUCUACAAGUAUACAAAUUAAUAAAAGUAAUCACAUAGCUCAAAUAUAUGGUCAUGAAGACAAGAUACAUUUAGCAAAAGAAAUCUUAGAAAAUUUAGUAUUAACAGAAGGAAAAGAAAGUAAAUUUAUACCAAAUAAUUUAUAUGUUACAGUAGAAAUGUCUGUUGAAACGGAACACAUAGGAAGCAUUAUUGGAAAAAAAGGAAGAACAAUUAAUAAAAUUCAGGAGGAAACAUUUGCUAAAAAAAUACAUAUAGAUAAAGAAAACAAAAAAAUUUAUAUACAUGGAACACAAAAAACAGUUGAUGCUGCUCAAAGAGAAAUUUUAAGAAUAUUAAAUAGAAGUAAAGAUGAUAAUUCAUAUUAUGAUAGAUAUAAACAUUCUAGCAAUUCUAUUUCAGCUCAUAGAAAAUCCCAUAAAAGUACAAGAUCAGGAAGAUCUAAUUAUCGUUCUGAAUCAUCAAAGAACGGAGUUUACAUAAACACUAAUGAUGAAAAAGCUUUCCCCAGUCUCCAUGAUGUAACUAAUAUUCAAUCGAAAAAAAAUAAAAAAUCUGUAAAUCAUUCAAAUACUAAAAGACAAGAAGAACAACGAGAAGUAAAUGAAAAUGAAUAA